AUGUCUCUCUUCGGCACCCGCWGCAGCAGCAACAAUCCCUUCUUCGGCGAAUUCGGCCCCAUGUUCCGUCUAAUGGACGACUACGCCUCUCACAUCGCCUCUCGCGAAAACACCUCUUCCUCCUCCAACAGUAUUUCCAACGGGGGAGGAAUUUUCAAAUCUUCUCCCCUCAAAACCUUCCAACCGAAAUUCGACGUCAAAGAAACAAAAGAAAACUACGAACUUCACGGUGAAUUACCUGGAAUCGAACAGAAGAAUAUCCAGAUUGAAUUCACGGAUCCGCAAACUCUUACUAUCAAGGGACGGACUGAACAUUUCAGGGAAGAGGGGACAAGACCUUCUGGUCUUAUCAGUGAACCUGGAGAGCAACAGCAGGGAAAAAUCACUGCGGGAGGGGAAGGUGGGAAUUCCUAUCAUAAACCUUCUGUUGAGGAUGAAUCUAGCCAACAGCAACAAGAGACUUCUGUUCAGAAAUCCUCCUCCUCUGGGGAUAACAACGGCAACAACAACAACAAGAGCACUUCGCGCUAUUGGGUCUCUGAGCGUUCCGUGGGGGAAUUCUCGAGGACUUUUGCUUUUCCUACGAGGGUGGAUCAGGAUUCUGUUAGGGCUAGUUUGAAGGAUGGAAUUCUUUCGAUUGUUAUUCCGAAAGCUGCUGCGCCUGUUAGUAAGAGGAUUCAGAUUGAGUAG